AUGGGGCGCGGGAAGAUCGAGAUCAAGAGGAUCGAGAACCAGAGCAACCGCCAGGUGACCUUCUCCAAGCGCAAGAACGGGAUCCUCAAGAAGGCGAAGGAGAUCAGCGUACUCUGCGACGCCGAAGUCGGCGUCGUCGUCUUCUCCAGCGCCGGCAAGCUCUACGACUUCUGCUCCCCAAAGACAUCCCUAUCAAGAAUCUUGGAGAAGUACCAGACCAACUCCGGGAAGAUACUGUGGGAUGAGAAACAUAAGAGCCUCAGUGCGGAGAUUGAUCGAAUCAAGAAAGAAAAUGAUAACAUGCAGAUCGAGCUCAGGCACUUGAAAGGCGAAGAUCUGAACUCACUGCAACCCAAAGAGCUGAUCAUGAUUGAGGAAGCACUUGAUAAUGGACUGACAGGCCUGCAUGAAAAACAGAUGGAGCACUACGACAGGCUGAUGAAAACUGGCAAGAUGCUAGAAGAUGAGAACAAGUUGCUCGCAUUUAAACUGCAUCAGCAAGAUAUCGCCCUGAACGGCAACAUGAGGGAGCUUGAGCUUGGUUACCAUCCGGAUAGGGACUUUGCAGCCCAGAUGCCGAUCACCUUCCGCGUGCAGCCUAGCCACCCCAACCUGCAGGAGAACAGCUAGGCCGUUUAUUCUCCACUCCCAUUCCAUCAAAUGAUCUUAUCCACCACUGGCAUGUAUAUGCACCAUGCAUUUUGCCAAUUGUAUCUCUCCUUUUGUGUCUGUUUGGAUAAACAACUGGACAAAUUAUAUC